AUGAAAGCGGUGCAAAUCAGUGAAUACGUCAAGGGUCCCCUGGACCUAAAGGUCAGCGACGUCCCAGCACCAACCCCGUCGCCGGACAAAUACUUGAUUGAGAUCCACUCCGCGGGAACCAACUUCUUCGACAUCCUCCAAAUCCAAGGUAAAUACCAGCACCAGCCGCCGCUGCCAUGGGUGGGUGGCAUGGAGUUUGCCGGCACGGUGCUCGCCACGCCGACGGCCUCAAAGACACCGUCAAAGUACCGCGUCGGUGAUCGCGUCUUUGGCGCUAACCAGGGUGCGUAUGCGACGCAUGUCCUAGCGGCUGAGCAGACGCUGCUCCCUGUUCCGAACGGGUGGAGUUUCGAGGAUGCUGCGGGACUGUUUGUUACGGCGCCGACUUCGUACGGCGGUCUUGUGCACCGUGCCGGUGUCAAGGCUGGAGAUUGGGUUCUGGUCCAUGCUGCGGCAGGUGGUGUCGGUCUCGCUGCUGUGCAGGUGGCCAAGGCCAAGGGCGCGACGGUGAUUGCUACGGCGGGCACGCAGCGCAAACGUGAGAUUGCGCGGGAGUUUGGCGCAGACUAUGUGAUAGAUUACCGGGAGAAGAAUUGGCCAGAGGAGGUGAAAAAGUUGUGCGCGGCACAUCGUACGGGCAAUGGCAAGGCGGGUGUGGAUAUUGUCUAUGAUCCCGUCGGCAUGAUCGAUGCCAGUCUCAAGUGUGUAGCGUGGAAUGCGCGCUUGCUGGUGAUUGGAUUUGCGGCCGGAAAUAUUGAGAAGGUCGCGCUGAAUCGGGUGCUGCUGAAGAACGUGAGCCUGGUCGGCUUGCACUGGGGCCAGUAUGCCCGGUUCGAGACCGAGGCUGUGGGAACUGUCUGGCAGGGGAUCUUUGAUCUGGUGGCCCAAGGCAAAUUCAAGGGGACGGCCUUCAAGGAUGAGAGCUUUUUUGGUCUGGAGAGUGUGCCGCGGGCCCUGCAUGCGCUGGGUAGUCGCGAGACCUGGGGCAAGGUUGUGGUGAAUGUCGUGGGUGACAAGAAGGCGAAGAGCCGGCUGUGA